AUGUAAAAAACAAAUAUAAAAUCUGUUACAGCUCGACAUGAGUAAGCGAAAGCCAAACUCACUAAGUAUGAAUGAAAUUGAAUAAUUAGAGAAUAAUUUCUAACUCUAGCAAAAAUGUGUUAGAGUACAAGCACUCAAUAAUUGAUCAAUAAGAAAUUGCCAUCAUAAUAAAAACCUGUAUUAGCAAGUUAAUUGAAUAUUUCUCCUAGAAAUAAUACACCAAAAAGUUGUAGAACUGCAUAAGAAGUAUAUUGAUUUGUUAAAGAAUAGAUGAAAUAUUUUCUUUAUUAAAAGAAUCUAGUUAAAGAUCCAAUUAAUAAACCGCAAAAUCAUUCUUAAUUACUUCCUAAGACUAAGAACAGUUUACAUCGAAAUUUCUCUUAAUUAGAAAAAUCAUCAAAUAGCUAAUAAAACAACGUAUAAUCAACAGCUCCAAAUACAGUAAAAAAAAAAUACAAUUUACUUUCAACUGACUCAGCAAAUAAAUCAGAUUAACGAUUUUCAUCUGUUUAAUUUGCAUAACAAAUAGCUCAAUAAUUAAAGAAGAAGUUUGAACCACAUUAACCAUAGCAAAAGAAAGAAAAUUUACAUGUUAGCUUAGAUGAUUUUGUAACAUAAAUAAAUAGACCUCAAUCAAUAAUUUCACCUUUUAAAUAAACAAAAUCGUUAUCCCCAUCAACAAGAGUUAAUGUUGUAUAAUCUAAAAGUAUUUAUUGUAUUAGAUUAGAUUCCCUAUAUUAUGUAUCCUCUUUAGUUGAAUCUUUUAGACAUAUUCUGCCAUAAAAUCAAGAACAAUAAUUAUUUAGAGAUCAUGCAAUCUAAACAUUCAAUUGUGUUUCAUUUUGUGUAAAAUUACAAGAACCUACUAAGAUGAUUUUAGAAUAAAAACGAAUAGAAAUUCCAAUGAAAUCAAAUUAUAAAUGUAUAAUAUAAUCUUAUACAUUAACUUAGUUAAGAAAACUGUAGUAUUUGAUUUGGAUGAAACUUUGAUUCAUUGUAAUGAGAAUCAAAAUCUAAGAGCAGAUGUUUAUUUACCUAUUACAUUUCCCUCGGGUGAUACAGCAUAAGCUGGUAUUAAUAUUCGUCCUUAUGCAAAAUGGAUUUUAUAAGAAUUGAGUCAACUUUGUGAAGUUAUAGUUUUUACUGCUUCUCAUUAAUGUUAUGCUAGUUAAGUGAUUAAAUAUUUGGAUCCCAAUUAACAAUUUCUUUCUGGAUAAUUAUUUAGGGAUAGAUGUGUAUUAUCUUAGGAUGGAGUGCAUAUUAAAGAUUUGAGAGUUUUGAAUAGGGAUCUAAAAGAUAUUGUAUUAGUUGACAAUGCAGCUUAUAGUUUUGGAGUUCAUUUAGAAAAUGGAAUUCCCAUUAUUCCAUAUUAUGAUAAUAAAGAGGAUAGAGAAUUAAAAAUGUUAUAUGAUUUCCUUGUAGAUCAAGUAUUACCUGCACCAGAUAGUAGAUUAGUUUUGCAAUCAGUUUUUAGAUUAAGAGAAUAUUAUAAUUAUGGGGAACCGAAAUAAGCAAUAGAGAAAUUAUAUUGA